AUGAUUCUGGACAACAAGGAUUUACCUAGAGCUUCCACUGGUGCCGAACUCGAGUCACAGUCAUCCACUCAGCAGCAGCUCACAGGUCAUCCACCACCAUUCAAAGCACAGCUACCGUCCAAAUCGGAACUUGAAAAGCUGAUUCAGCUCUAUUUCUCGUCUGUGCAUCGCUGGUCUGAAGACUUUGGGUUUCUUACUUUUAUUCACCCGCUGCACUUCCACCGUCUUUUAGCUGACGGCAAAGCCCCUCGUGAACUCACUUUGAUCAUGAUUGCAAAUGCAAUGCGAUUCGCUGGUGAAAUCUCUUCAGAAAACCUGGCCAAAGCAGAUGCUUGGGCUGAUACAGCAAUCGAGGCUUUGCUUCCCCGAAUCUACCAAGGCUUCGGAGCCAUACAGCUCAUGCGUAGCCAGACACUUCUACUCGCCCAACACUACGAUUUAAACCGGGGCAACUUCACAUCGGCGUGGUUACUAGGGGCUAACUGUACCCGAAUGAUGCAAAUGAUGUCUCUCCAAGCCUUCGAUCGCACUUAUCCGGCUACGUUUCCGCCAAAUUUGCAUCUCUCGCCGUUGCUUUCCUGUGAAGCCCUCCGACGCCUAGCAUGGAGCACAUUUUUCAUGGAUUCCUUAGUCGACGGGGGGCGAUACGGGUUUCACACUGUCGACGAAAAUUCUUAUCGCCUUCAGCUCCCGUGUGACCAAGCAAGUUUCUUAGCCAAUGAGACUGUAAAGACAGAAAUGCUUUUCCAUCAUCAAAACGAUCCAUCAUCUUCCACCACUAAUGAACAUAUUCAACGCGGGCCGUUGGAUAUGUCGGCAUACCUCAUUCGAAUUGCAGCUGCUCGCCGUCGGGCCUUGCACUUUGCGUUCCGCGCCUCUCACCGAGAGGAGACCGUGGAGAGAAUGACGACCGAGUUAGAAACACUGGAGGAGGAUAUAGGAGCGGUUGUUGCCGAAUUACCAAAGCGCUUUCAAUUUAACGCGGACAAUAUGUUUAUUCACCGUGAGCGGCUCACUACAUUUAUCGUCCUUCAUAUUCUGCGUCACAACCUUUUCAUCAUUCUUGGUAGAGCAGCGCUGCUCAUUUAUCAAAGAGAUCCUUAUAAAGCAGACUUGAUCGUCCAAGUACGACAGAAGAGGAUAUCCCAUGCCUUGCCUAUUGCUAGUAUCAUUGCCGAGGGUCUGAAAGCAGAUAUUUGCUUUGAUACUCAUGUGGGUAUUCAAGCAUAUGUGGCAUUAGAAAUCUUGCUAUUUGAGCCCCGACGUCUUGCCAACAUAGAUUCUAGUGUGAAUCUCAAAUCACCGGAGCUGAUGAAAGCCAUUCCCUACCUUUUGACUGUCAUCCGAGACCUUGGUCACCGGUCAGAGUCAGUAAAACAAUUGCAUAUUGAAGCCGUGCACCGUCUCCUGCGCUGUGAUUUUACCCAUGUUAUGAAUCAAACCGAUUUCAACGCAUUCCACAGUGAAUACCGAUUGGUCGGGCAAGACCCGGCCGAGUAUGACUUUCGUGACUUUCGAUGGGCGAAGCUCGAGCGCAUCCGCCGAGGUGCGCGGACCGUGGCCAACAAUGAAGGUCGCAACGAAGCAUUACUGGAGUAUCAAGUUGAUGGAGAGGUGACUGAUCAAUUAGUGGCCCCAUCCCCUCGUCUUGAUGCCAUGGAUGUGAACAGUGCUGUGAACAUCUCCUGUUCUAGCGUCUCACAGUCUUCCCAUGGACUUGGUCUAUCACUGUCCACCGGAGCUUCGGGGAGUAGCAACAAUACGGCCAUGUCCGCCUGGCACUCCCCUGGGCCAGAGAGUCAAGGUCAGGAAUUCUCGUUCGACUGGCUAUGGCUACUGGAAGAAUCCGGUCAGUCGAUCUACCAAACGGGAGACCCAGUCACAUUCUGGAGUCAGUUGCAGCGGAUCUGA